AUGUCAUUCCAUUACAGCUCUCAGCAUCCAACACUGGAUGAAAGAGGUAAAUAUCAGUUUGACCAGGGUCCAACUAAUCAACAAGUUGAAGGUGAAAUGCAACCACCUCCAAUACCUCAAAUCAAUCAACCUCAACCUCCACAGAAUGAACAACUAGCACAGCAGCAGGCAUAUCAACAAUCAUUACAACCGCCACACGUUUUACAGCAACAAUCAUCACAAUAUCAAGUACCACAACAAUAUGUUGUUCAACAACAACAAUACCUUUCACCAUAUCAACAACAACGACAAAAUAGUUUCCAUCAACAACAUAGUUCCCCUUUGGGCUCAAACUAUCCACAAUCAUCAUCUGAAAUAACAUGGAAUAACUCAUAUGCAUCAAAUCAAAUGAAUAUGGCCACAACCCCAAGACUAUCUUCAUCUUCAACUUUGAAUCCUCAUCAACAGAAACAAACUGCAUCACCCUUUGGAUCACCAACAAACUCAUUUAAAAACCCAUGGUUUUCAUCACAAAGAUCACCAUCUCAAAGUCAUUUCCAACCACCAAAUACCAAUUCCUCUUCAUCAACCAACUCAACAAACUUCAAUUCAUCUCAAAUUGGACCAACAUCAUCAACUUCAUCAUUGUUACAACAUACACCGACAAGGUCAUCAAUCUUCAAUAAUCAAUUACCAACAACAUAUGAAGAUGAUAUGGGUGCUUUCAAUGCUUCAAGAAAAAAUUCAUUAAUUCAAAAUCCCCCAAUUCGUGCUCCAGCACCACCUCCAACAUAUUAUGCAGAUUCUUCAGUUCAACUAGGCUUUAUGGAUCCUCAGGCUCAAAGACGUCAAUCAGUGGCAACAAUGAUGCAAUCAACUCCACAGCAACAAUUUUUAACUCCAAUACAAGCAAGAAGACAAUCUGUUUUGAAUUCAAAUCAAUUUCCACCAGUUAAACAAUUACCACCUCCACAAGUUCGUAAAAUUCAUUCAAAGCAAGACUUAAGACCUGUUAAAAAUGCAGUACCAAAAUAUAGACGUGCAUCAAUGGGAUCAAAUUAUAUAUCACCUUUAUUGUCUUUAACAAAUGAUCUAACGACAACUUAUUCUUUAUGUGAUUCAGAUUUUAAUUAUGAAGUUUCUAAAAACCCUAAAAGAGUCUUGACUAAACCAAGUGAAGCUAAAACAAAUAAUGGUGCUGAUAAUGAAGAUAAUGAUUAUAUUUUAUAUGUUAAUGAUGUUUUAGGUGGUCAAGAGAAUCGUAAAUAUUUGGUAUUGGAUAUAUUAGGUCAUGGUACAUUUGCACAAGUGGUUAAAUGUCAAAAUUUGAAAACUAAAGAAAUGGUUGCUGUUAAAGUUGUUAAUUCAAAACCUGCAUUUUUGAAUCAAAGUUUGAGUGAAAUUAGCAUAUUGGAAUUAAUCAAUAGAAAAAUUGAUCCUUUAGAUCAGCAUCAUUUCCUUAGAUUGAAAGAUAAAUUUCUUCAUAAAAAUCAUUUGUGUCUUGUAUUUGAAUUAUUAUCUUCAAAUUUAUUUGAAUUAAUUAAACAAAAUCAAUAUAAGGGACUUAAUACCAAACUUGUUAGAAAUUUUGCCAAACAAUUAUUAGAUUCACUUUGUGUUUUAAAAGAUUCUAAAAUUAUUCAUUGUGAUUUAAAACCUGAAAAUAUUCUAUUGGUAAGCCCAGAUAAACCAGAUAUUAAAGUUGUUGAUUUUGGAAGUGCUUGUCAAGAACGUCAAACGUUAUAUACAUAUAUUCAAUCAAGAUUUUACAGAUCACCAGAAGUUAUUUUAGGAUUACCAUAUACAACUUCAAUUGAUACAUGGUCAUUGGGUUGUAUUGUUGCAGAAUUAUUUUUAGGGUUACCUAUAUUCCCAGGGUCAUCAGAAUAUGAUCAGCUAGUUAAAAUUACAUCAAUAUUAGGAUUACCACCAACUUGGAUGAUUGAAAUGGGUAAAAAUUCUAAAAAUUUCUUGGAAAAAACUGAAGAUGGUUCAGGAUAUAAAAUGAAAUCAUUAGAAAAAUAUUGUAAAGAAAGAAAUUUAAAUGAAACUGCUGGUAAGAAAUAUUUAAAAUCAAAUGAUUUAAGUGAAUUAAUAAUGGGUUAUACCAUGCAAAAGAGAACAAUGACAUCAACAAUGAUUGAAAAAGAGACAAAUGAUCGAGCAUCGCUGGUUCAUUUAUUAAAAGGUUUGUUGAAUCUAAACCCAUUAGAAAGAUGGACUCCACAACAAGCUAUUCUACAUCCAUUUAUUCAGGAAACAAAAUUCACAGGUGAAUGGAAUCCACCAGGAACCGGAUUAAGAAACUUGAAUAAUAGAAAUGAUAAAAGUGCUGAAGAAGUUAAUGGAUUGAAAGCAAGUGUGGGAAACAAAUGGUAUAAAUGA